AUGGUUAAGCGUAGGAGUAUUAAGGCCCAAGAGCAUAAUAUUGAAAUAGAGAAGGCAGUAUUAGCUGUCCGAUCAAAUCAAUUUAAGUCUGCUUAUGCAGCUGCUAAGGCUUUAGACCUCCCUGUGCAAUCUAUUAGGCGCCGCUUAAAUGUGGCUACGCGCCUAGCCAUCGAAUCCUACGUGAGGUUGCAGAUGAAGUCCGGUCAAAUAAGUGUCGCGUUUUUCAGCCUCAACACCUACAGCUUCAACAACCACAACUACAACUACAACUACAACCUCAAAUACCUAAGUUACCUCUUGGGCAAGAUUGGGUUCCACGAUUCAUUCAAAGGCAUCCUAACUUACGUGUUAAGUUAG